AUGAAUACAGAUUCCGAGGCCUUACCUAUCGAUAUUGUUCUUGCCCAGCUUGGGACUCCGUUAAACAAAUCAAAGCCAACAAAGAGCAUUGAGAAGCCCCCUAAAACUGUUAAAACUGUGGACAAACCUUUGCCUAAGUUUCAGAGCAACACAUUAGAGGUUUCUGUUAUAAAGGAAGAGCCCAAGGUUUUAAAAACUGAACCAAGUCCAUCAUUUGAUAUGAAAAUACAUUUUAAUGAAACUGAAGUCAUGAGACCCAAGGUAUCACAUGAACAGAAGGUAUCAACAUAUGAAAAGGUGGUUGCAUCAUGUGAAAGAACGGUUAAAUCACAUGAAAACGAAAUAUUAGCCACGGGAAAAUCAUAUGAUUUGAACAAUGUAUCACAAGAAGAAACUGCCAAAACAUCUCCAACUGUUAAAUCAUCUCAUGGAAAACAAUCUCAUGAACUUCAUGUGGAAAGAGAUGAAGUAUCAUGUGAGUUAUCACGUAAAAAUGAUUCAGCAAUUGAUUGCGUAAUGAAAGAAACAACAACGGAUACAAGUACAAAUAACAAAUCAACUAUAAAUGCCAAUUUAGCAACAAUAACAACAAAAACUGAUGCAACCAAAACAGCAACAACAGCCAACCUGGAUUCAUCAACAACAACAAAAUCAAGAACAAACAGUAAUUCAAGUACAACGUUAAAACAACAAUCAACAACAACAACAACAACAACAAACAGUGACAGCCAAACUGAGGGAAAUAAAACCAACGUCUCGAAUGAAGACUUGCAGGGAACAAUAGAUAAACUCUUGCGUUCGUCUGCUGAGAGAAGUAAGCGAACGAAAACAAACGAGUUAAUUGAGAAAGCAAAGGCUGAAGCUUUGUCCUCAAAAGUGGCCAAGCCUUCUAACCAGCGGCAAGCAGAGGUUCGAGCAAGAGCGCUUCGUUUAUUGGACGAAACACGAGCAUCACUAAGCACUAAGGAGGAACCAACCCACAGUAAUCUCACUUCACCUACGAACAGUGGAAGCUCCAGCGCCAGUUGUUCCACAAACGCACUUAACGGCAGCACUAACUUAACCACCGAACCAGCUGCGUCGUCCAUAAUUACAUCUCCAAAUAUCACACCUUCUCCCGUCUCUCUUGAACCCACGCCGAAAAAGGCGUCGAAUACACCACCUUCCCCCCUGAAUUCGUCUGGCGCCCAACCAACGCUAGAUUCGGGGUUUUUCCCGGAUUCGGAAACGCCUACGUCAUCAGACCCGCUGCAAUCAUUACCGACAGUCGAGAUAUCUUCUGGCGUCAAAACAGACACUUCUAUAAAGCAUAAAAGCAACCACAACAGUGCGGAAAACGUUGCUGCAAACGACAAACAACCAAACUCAACCCCGCAAUCCAGUGUAAAAGGAAUUUUAAAGAAAAAAGUAUCAAAAACAGCCGACACGGAUGAUGCAGGCGGCUUCCCAGACAACAAUAAAGACACCAUUAGUCCGAUACCCAUCGUCAAGAAAAGGGAUCAUUCCUCUAAAGUUACUGACCGCCUAUCCGUGGCCAGUAUAUCUGAAUUACACCGAAGGUGGAGCACAGUGCUUAAGAAGAAAGCCAAAGAUAUUGACGUCAUUGACGAGCUUGAAAACGAUCGUUUGGCGCUAGAAGAAGAAAUGAAAAACGUUGAGGAGAGAUCACGUGAGGUACAACUUGAGCUUCAAAGUAUCAACGAAUCAGGUCACCACCGUUCACACAAAGAGCGAGAAACCUUAUUAACUCAAGAAUGGUUUCAACUUGUGCAUAAGAAGAAUGCAAUAUUACGUGAGCAAGAUCAACUUAUACUGAUGGAAGAAGAUCAGAGCAUCAACAGAAGGAUCGAGAAAAUCCACGAAGAGCUUAUUCCUCUUAUGGCAAUCGAAGAUAUAAUGAAGACUGUGGCGCAAAAGGAAAGGGAACAUUUACUUCUUGAAGAAAAGUUUAAACUCGUGAAUGAUCGUGAUAGGAUUAAUCAGGAAAUGAAUGAAAAAGAACAAUUGGCACUGGAAGAGGAGGAAAGGCUUCAAACAAGUCUUGGACAGAAUAUGCCCAAGGUCGUACAGCAGGACGAAAAAUGCCUAGUCAUGUAA